AUGAAUUCUUUGUAUGUUGGCGACCUCCACCAAAAUGUUAGCGAGGCAGACCUUAAUGGGAUGUUUAGUGAGGCCGGACCCAUCUUUUCCAUCCGUGUCUGCAGGGAUCGGAUCACACGCUGCUCCCUGGGCUAUGCCUACGUCAACUAUUAUCAGCCGGCCCAUGCAGAGCGUGCCCUGCUCAUGUUCAGCGACCACACACUUGCAGGAAGAUAUCUGCGCAUCAUGAGGUCGGACCCUGACCCUGUCCGGAGGAAGAGUGGAGUGGGAAAACUCUUCAUCAAGAACCUGAACAAAAAGACCAUUGGAAAUAAGAACCUGUGCGAGACCUUCUCAGUUUUUGGAGACAUUUACUCUCGCAAGGUGGUUUAUGACGAGAAUGGUGAAUCCAAGGGCUAUGGAUACAUCCAGUAUGAGACCCAGGCCUCCGCCGAUAGAGCCACUGAGAAACUUAAUGGGAUGCUGCUGGAUGAUGAAAAAGUAUCCAUCACAAGAUUCAAAUCUCGCAAAGAACGAGAGGAUGAACUUGGAGCCAAGGCCAGAGAGUUCAACAACGUAUUUGUAAAGAACUUUGACACUGACAUGAAUGACAAGAAGCUGACUGAGCUAUUCGAGGAAUAUGGUCCGAUCGUGAGCGCCAAGGUUAUGACGGACGACAGCGGGAAGUCCAAGGGGUUCGGAUUCGUUUGCUUCCAGAGACAUGAGGAUGCACUGAAAGCCAUAUACGAAAUGAACAGGAAGGAAGUAAACGGGAGGCUGAUCUAUGUAGGUCGCGCUCAGAAAAAAGCAGAACGCCAGGCAGUGCUGAAGGACAAAUUUGGCCAGAUGAAGACUGAAACCAAGGCUGGAUACAGAGGAAUCAACCUCUUUGUAAAGAACCUGGAUGAAGCUUAUGAUGGUUACCAUUUAAAAAAGGCGUUCUCUCCAUUUGGAAAGGUCAUCAGCGCCAAGGUGAUGAUGGAGGGUGGCCGUCACAAAGGUUUUGGCUUCGUUUCCCUCUCCUCCACCGAGGAGGCCAACAGGGCCUUGACAGAGAUGAAUGGCCGUAUCUUGGGAACCAAGGCGCUAUACGUGGCUCCGGCUCAGACAAAGGCACAGCGCCAAGAAUACCUGGCCAACCAGCACAAGCACUGGAUGACAAAUGCUGCCGACUUCUACUCCAGCAACAAAGGGGUUCAGUGGAAUCCCAGCCAUCACAGGGAGACCCGCGUGUCUGGCAUGCUUCCCGCUCAGUGGAUGGCCACCCAAGACCAGGGCCAGCAAUCACCUGCCGCCACUGCCGACACAGACACGAGCGUGCCUCUGCAAAAGGACAAAACAUGUGCAGCUGGCGACAGCAAAACUAACCAAAUGCUGACCACGACAGUCCAUAUUCAAGUACAAGAGCCAAACAAGGCGAAAGCAGGAAGAAUCUGUGCCAAACGCUAGAUUCUAAAGGAACAGGGUCCUGGAAACCAUUUUCACCACUGACCUUUGUUUUAUUUCUUUACCUUCUUUCCCACUGAAACACAAAAAAAGCAU